AAACAUUCUUGUGAUUCAGAAAUUCCAAUAUGGCGCUGGAUGUUGCUUCUCGUACUAUUGCUGCUCCCAACUAUAGCCAAAUACAAAAGGACCUGGAGGAGCAGGAGUUGCAGGCCCCAGGUGGAGUUGGAUCACCGCAGUUGUAUAGUCAACUAUUGGCCCUAUAUCUUCUUCAUAAUGAAAUGUGCCAAGCAAAGUUUCUUUGGAAGAGAAUUCCACAGUCAGUGAAAAGUACGACCCCUGAGCUGACAAUGAUCUGGACAGCAGGUCAGAAAAUGUGGCAGAGAGACUAUCCAGGAAGUUACGAGGCCUUGAAGAAAGAAUACUCAGUAGAGGUGAAACCAAUCAUGGAUGAAGCCCUAGAGGCGUAUCGGAGACGAGCAUUCCACCUAGUGUCGCAGGCCUACUCUUCUAUCAAUGGAGAUGAGCUAGCUACUUUCCUUGGCAUGUCUAUAACUGAUGCUGUACAAGCUGCCCGAGCAGAGGGAUGGGAAGCUGAUGCCCAAACUCGCUUCAUUACACCAAAGAAACCAGCAGGUGUGCAAGUAGACCCGGAGUUCAAGAGUGAUCAACAGCUGUCUGUUCUGACCGACUAUGUAUCAUUCCUGGAGAGUUGAGAGUUUGAAGACAAUCUUGUGAGGAUACCUGCUAGCUGUGUUAAUUACAGAAUACAGAAAGGAACUUUUCUGGGCCUUGUACUCAGCAGUGCAUCACAUUCUUCCCUGAUUAAGUUCAUUUAUUUCAGAUUCAUUAAAUUAAACUUCAUUAUGGACAAAUGUACAAGUACAGAAAACUUUGUUGUGAUAAUAAGAAAACAUACUAAAUUGUACUAUGUACAAUUCGUGGUCCACUAAUCAAGUGUUAUUUUCUUAUGAACAUGAAAUGUGGUUUAAGUGCUAUAAAGUAUAGUGUGUAUAAUUAAAGAGUAAGUAAAUGUUACAUACUAGCAGUCAGGAUUGCUGCCAUAUUUAAGUGUGAAUAUGACGAAAUAUAACUGCCGUUAUCAUGUGAAAGCUUUUAAAAGGACACUGAUGUUGAAUUGCUGUCAUCGAAUUUUUUUUUUGCAAGACUUUUAGUAUCGUAUUCAGGAGUAUAUUAUAUAGUGCUGUUAGUAAUGGACUGUCAGUGGUGUGGUUAGUGGUAGAGUCAGUGUUCCUGUUAGUAAGGAUGUGUGUGAGGUUUGUAUGUGGCUAUGUGAAUGUAAAUGACUUCAAUAAACAAGAGAUUCCAGUGGGAUCUUCAUACCCACCAUU